UUAGCAGCACUCUCCGAUAAAACACAACGACAACAGACAACGCACUCUCUCUGAGGAUUAGCAUCUCAUUCUCUCUCUCUCUCUCUCUGAAUCAAUGACCGAUCUGAAAUCGAAAUUUCUCGAAGUUUACUCCGUCCUUAAAUCGGAGCUACUCCAUGACUCUGCUUUCGAGUUCACUGAUGAUUCCCGCCAAUGGGUCGACCGAAUGCUGGACUACAAUGUACCUGGAGGAAAGUUGAACCGAGGCCUCUCUGUUAUUGACAGCUACAAGUUGCUGAAAGAAGGAAAGGAACUAACUGAUGAUGAAGUUUUUCUAGCCUGCGCGCUUGGGUGGUGCAUUGAAUGGCUUCAAGCAUAUUUUCUUGUUCUGGAUGAUAUUAUGGAUAGCUCUCAUACACGCCGAGGUCAACCGUGUUGGUUCAGAAAGCCGAAGGUUGGUAUGAUUGCCAUCAAUGAUGGCAUAAUUCUCCGCAACCAUAUCCCAAGAAUUCUCAAAAAGCAUUUCAGAGGAAAGCCUUAUUAUGUGGAUUUGCUGGAUUUAUUUAAUGAGGUGGAAUUUCAGACAGCCUGUGGACAGAUGAUAGAUUUGAUCACCACACUUGAGGGAGAGAAAGAUUUAUCGAAGUAUUCAUUGCCUCUUCACCAUCGGAUUGUUCAGUACAAAACUGCUUACUACUCAUUUUACCUGCCAGUGGCAUGUGCACUGCUUAUGGCAGGCGAGAAUCUGGACAAUCAUACUGAUGUGAAGAACAUACUCAUUGAAAUGGGAACCUAUUUUCAAGUGCAGGAUGAUUACCUAGAUUGUUUUGGUCAUCCUGAUGUGAUUGGCAAGAUUGGAACAGAUAUUGAAGAUUUUAAGUGUUCCUGGUUGGUUGUAAAAGCAUUGGAACUUUGUAACGAGGAACAAAAAAAGUUGUUAUAUGAGAACUAUGGAAAAGACGAUCCAACAUGUGUGGCAAAAGUGAAGGAACUUUAUGAAGCUCUCAAUCUUCAGGGUGUAUUUGCAGAGUAUGAGAGCAAGAGUUACGAGAAGCUAGUCAAGUCCAUUGAAGCUCAUGCUAGUAAAGCAGUGCAAGCAGUGCUGAAAUCGUUCUUGGCGAAGAUAUAUAAGAGGCAGAAGUAGGAAUUUCACCAAAAACAGGUGGUUUUGAUGGGAUUCCUAGCUGAUUUGUGUUUGUAUUCUCCUAAUGGAGGGAAAUAUUUUGUUUGUAUUUUAUGUAAUUGGCUUUCCUGCUUUGGCUUCCAAAAUCUCUCUCUCUCUCUCUCUCUCUGUGUUAGCAGAAGAAGGUGGUACGUUGAAUCUUUUUUGUUAAUGAUGUCUAAGCCAACUGUUUCCAGGAUAAGUUGUUUCAAUGGUACUUUAAGCUUUGUUUGACAUUGAUUACGGUAAUUAACUUUUUUGUGUUGAGACUUUUAGUUU